AUGAAAAGAGUUCGAAGCAAGAAAAUAGAAAAUGACAAAAAGCUGAAUGUUCUGUACGAAAGAGAGCUGGACUUGACGAGGGUGCAGGAGUACACGGGCCCCACAUUCACCACGGGCGUAGAGAAGGAGGAGGAGGAGGAGCACCACUUAAAAGAGAUUCUUUCGAGCCGAAUAGGCAACAUACCAACUCCGAGAAUCGAAAAAUCCAUUGAGCACGAAAUUAAAAAAAGAAAAGAAUCAGCGGGCUCGGAUAAAGUGCAGGAAGAGCCAACCAACUAUCUUGCAGACAUAGGAGAUGUAGUGCCUCCGCCAAUAGAGGGAAGAGAGAUAGUCAUGCAGGAGACAGACGUGCCAACUGAAUUUCUUCCGUUUGUGUGCUUCAGAAAAAGAGAAGUCAAGACGCUUAGAAAGGCAAGAAAGCCAGACACAUCGAUAGAAAAGAUAAAAAAGAUAAAAGUCGAUCUGCAGAUGAUGAGAAGGCUCACAGAGCUCACUUUGCAGAGAGACAACUACCUGGCACAGCACUUAACCACAAUAUUCUCCAUUUUCAACAUAUCAAGAGAGAUGAACAAGAGGCUAGACAUCGGUGUUCUCAACAUCAGCGAGUCGAUACUCAGAGACAUCUUGUUCACCAAGCUUAUCAGCAAGAGCGAUUUGUUCUACAAGAAGAUACCGUCAUUUACCAAUCUGUACAUGUGCAGGAAGAGCAUAGGAAGCCUGAGAAAGCUCUUCAAGUCCGGGCCAUCAAGCGAGGACUCUCUGAGUCUCACAAAAAAAGAAAUAGACUAUCUGAACACUUAUUAUUAG